UUGAAGAGCAGGUUAGAUAAACAUCUGUCAGGGAUGGUCUAGGUUUAGUUGGUCCUACGUCAGUGGGGGAGAGGGGCAGGAAGAUGGACUAGAUGUCCUCUUAAGUCCCUUAUAGUCUUACGUUUCUAUGAUGCUAUUUUUUUUCUCUUACAGAGUCACCAAAAGAACCAGAAAGCAACACACUAUAAACUCAACCAGGCUUGUAAACAAGAGUGAAUUGCCAGGAUCCUGACAUCUGCCCUGAUUUCUGCUCUGUGACCUUGAGCAAAAGAUGUGUGAGAUCAGUAAAGAUACAACAAAGAACUUAACAGAGGUUCACUCAAUCCCGCUAGGUCUGGGCCUGGGCAGCAUCUCACUGAUCACAGUCAUCAUGAAUAUUUUGGUCCUAUAUGCAGUGAAAACAGAAAGAAAGCUGCAUACAGUUGGGAACCUGUAUAUUGUCAGCCUAUCAGUCGCAGACCUUAUAGUUGGUGCAGCUGUUAUGCCGCUGAACAUUAUGUACCUACUGAAUGGCAGAUGGGUACUGGGGAGACCAGCCUGUCUGUUCUGGCUCUCAAUGGAUUAUGUAGCCUCCACAGCCUCCAUCUUCAGCCUUUUUAUAUUGUGCAUAGAUCGUUACCGUUCAGUUCAGCAUCCGCUCAAGUAUCUCAAGUACCGGACCAAAACUCGAGCAUUGGUAAUGAUUUCUGGAGCUUGGCUGGUUUCUUUUCUGUGGAUCAUCCCAAUUCUAGGCUGGCAUGCUUUUGCCAAUGAUGGGAGAUGGCAAGUGAAAGAAUGGACCUGUGAAACAGAGUUCUCAAAAGUCACCUGGUUUAAAGUGUUGACGGCCAUUGUCAACUUCUAUAUCCCAUCUUUACUGAUGUUAUGGUUCUAUGCAAAAAUAUACAAGGCUGUCCGGAAACACUAUCAGCACCGAGAGCUCAUCAAUGGAUCGUUUCGGUCUUUCUCAGAAAACAAAAGUAUACAUCAUGAUAAGGUGCAGGAAAAGCAAAACAUUCUCCACAAAAAGCCAAAUAAAGGUAUAAACACAGGUCUUUUGAAAGGAAGCUCCGUAGACCCUUGCUGCAAUGAAAAUCUCUACUUCCCUCAGCCCAAAGAUAUGGGGGCGAAGCUUCAACACAGCAGCUUUGACAAACCCCCAAAGGCUCGCAUUACAGAAGGUGACAGCAAGGUAGUAAAACUGAGCUGUUUUCCCCUUGCCAUUGCCCAGACUCAGCCAGGAUCAGAUAAAGUGGGACUGAAGUAUGUGUCUGUCAAGAAGGGGCCUUGCUCACAGGCUCCAGAGUUAAGUGACACAUCAGAUGAGCACACUUUCAUGGACGGGGCCUCCUGUAAAAAUGAUUCCGAUCCCACCCCGAUCCCAGCAACUUCUAGGGCUGAGGAAAAGACUAACAAAGACUUUGCAGGCCUCAGUUACCUGAAGAGCACCUGGCUGAGACUGCGCACCCAGUCUAUGCAAGGGGUGCAUGUGAACAGGGAGAGGAAAGCAGCCAAGCAGCUGGGUUGCAUAAUGGCAGCCUUUAUGCUGUGCUGGAUUCCCUAUUUUGUGCUGUUUAUGGUAAUAGCCUAUUGUCAAAGCUGUUGCAACCACAGUUUCCAUAUGUUCACUAUUUGGCUUGGUUAUGUGAACUCCACUUUAAAUCCAUUCAUCUAUCCCCUCUGUAAUGAGAACUUCAAGAACACGUUCAAAAAGAUCCUUCAUAUUCACUCAUAAUACCACAUCAGGCUGUUUUUAUUUGGGGUGGAAAAAAAAGUGAGUCCAUGAUUUUUCAAAGAAAAAAACUUUCCAGUUUCAAGGGAAAUUAUGAAUGAGGUAGAAAGGCUUUAAAAAUGUAAUCUGUAGAACUAGCAUGUGAAAACAGGAAACACGUAUUUACAUGACAAAUAAGAGCUUUAAAGUUCAAAGUAUUUAAAGGGGAACUGGUUUUGACCAGGAUUCCUGAAAACUCAGGGCUCAGUCUCAGGACUGCUAUGCUAAUGUACAUAUUUUACAGUGAGUAAGACUUCCUCUUUCCAUUAUGUGGAACAUAACUGGAGAGAGAGACAGAAAUCUUCAGUGGUUAUGAGCUAAUUAGAUAUGGAAAGAAAAAAAGACUUCAGUUUAUAUGUUCACUCUAAUGUCUUCUGUAACUUACUUUUUUUUACGUUAACCUGGGAACAUGCUGCUUGUUAAAGGCACUGAUCUCCUACAAGAUAUGGUAUUUCAUGUAGUCAAAGUAUGACACUUGAACUGUUUGAAAAUGUACCCUAUUUAUUUAUAAAUUCCCCCAGAAUCAUGCACUUUUAGAGAUACCAAGUUGCAUUGUCAUGUACUAUAGAAACCUUUGAUAUUGUGUUUGUGUUGAUUUCCAGCAGCAUUGUUCAUUUUAUUAGAAAAGAUAUCAGUAUUUUUUCUAUAUGCUAAAUAUUUUUACCAUAUUUAUAAAGACUUCUCUUCUAGCAAAAGUAACUAGAGUAUGGUGGGUUUGAGAAUACAAUUGUUUCUAAACUUGCACUGUAAAGUAGAUGGAGGAUAAUAUACUUUUUCGUCCUUCCUACAACUAGGACAUAGCCCUAGCAAGUUCCCCUAAAGCUGGUGCAAAUAUGCUGCACUACAUUAGGUGAACUCUUCACACAAAGCUGCAUAAAGCAACUGAUCUUUUCAAGGUGGGAAAGUGAAUAAUUAGAGUACAUUUUCCUUUCCCGUCAUUUAAGUUUAAUUGCAUCUUACAAGCCACACUGUAAUGGCUAGUACACAUUUCCUGAACUAAGCUAUGAAUGGAACACUUGUGCCAAGAAAACAAACAGCUUGAUUUGGAAGGACUGGAGAGGCUUGCAGUCAGAGGUGACACUAACAAUCUGACACUUGCCUGUGCAUUGGCAGACUCCUUUGCCCCCUAUAGCUACAGUGUACCAAUAAUCCCCAGAACCAGACAUACCCUUCCACACAAUAGGAAUGAACUCUGCCCCAGUGAGUGCAUUUAGAUAUAGAUUUCUAAAUAUGUAUUAAUUAAAGGUCAGAGGAAGACAAUAAAAUAUAGUUCCUUAGAGCAGUAGUUUUCAACCUGUGGUCCGUGGAGGUCUGCAGAUUGUGUCUAAGAUUUUCAAAGGGGUAUGCACCUCCAUUCAAAAAAUUUUAGGGAUCCGCAAAUGAAAAAAGUUUGAGAACCACUGCCUUAGAGAAUGUGUAUGUGGUGGCAUAAGUGAAAGGCCCGCUUACAGCCAGGCUUGAAGUGUACCAGAACAAUUACACCAAAAUUGGGUCAUACGGAGGGUGGGGAGCAUUUCUGGACACAUUUUAUGUGACUAUCACAUCACACUAUGAUGAGGGCACAUCCUCCCCUGACGGGAAUAUUUGAAAGAAUCUUUGCAAAGAGAAUCUCAUGUAUUGUCCAUCCCUUCAGGGUGGCUAUUUCCACGUGUACUGAGAUGGCUCUUGACCCUCUGCUAUUAUACUAUCCACUUCUAUAAGAAAUACAGUGACCAGACUACUUUAACAGGUGUAGUCACUGUUGUCAGUGCAGCAGCUGGGAAGGUGCUUCCCAGCACAAGCAGACAGACCCACGCUACCUCUGCUCAUGCGAGCGUGCUAAAACUAGCAGCGUGGCUGCAGCAGCACGGGCAGUGGCUUGGGCUAGCUGCCCAAGUACAAACUCGCCUAACCCCCUCAGUAUGUACUUGGGCAGCUAGACCAAGUCACUGCAGCCAAAGUGAUAUUUUUAGUGUGCUAGCUCGAGCAGAGUUAGCACGCAUCUGUCUACUGGAGCUGGGACUCAUGCCCCCAGCCAAUGUGUAGACAUACCGGAAAGGUGGGUGUGUGGAGAUGAAAUAUUUAUGCAUACCCUGCAGUCAGGAAGAUGAAUGGCCUCAUUUUCAGAGCUAUCUCCAAAAUUCAGUGUAAAGUUUAAAAAGUGGCUGUCCUCCCCACUACUAUCCUGGCACGUUUGCCUGCCACAGAGAGCUGUUACUGUUUCCUGAUUGACAAACAGGAGGCAGGUGCAUUUGACAGUGCUCAAUUAGCCUGUAUUACAGUACAAGGGGAAGAUUGUAGCUUAAUGGUUAGAGGGUAGCUGGGAGUAAGGGCUCCUUGGUAGUAUUUCCUGCAUGGCCACAGACUUACUAAGUGACCUUGCACAACUCAGGACCUCUGUGCCUCACUCUCUUCAUGCAAAAUGAGUGUUAAGACUUACCUAGCUCACAGGGGUAAUGUGUGACUUAAGUAAUGAGUGCAGAGUGUUUUGAAAUCCUGAGAUGAAAGGUGCAAUGUAAAUGCACGGUAUUAUCAUCCUCCGUCAGUUACCUUAUCUGCCUUAAGAUCCUUAACACUCUCAGAUGUAUUUAAAGAACUCAGUAUUAAAUGAAGAUCCAUUAAAUGUGUACUUUACUAAAUGGCUGGCUUGAGGUCCAGAAAACCAAACCUUCCAAUGAAAGACAAGCUAAAUAGAUUGAACUUAUCAAAGAGGAGUGUAAGAGGUGACUUGAUUGUGCUCUCUAAAUAUCUACACACAGAGAAGAUAUCUGAUAUUAGGGAGCUCUGUAAUCUAGCAAAGUCUUAACAAGAUACACAGACAGAAGUUGUAGGCAGAAAAAUUCAAUUUGGAAAUGACAGCUUUUUAACAA